UCCUAUGAGUCACUCUUUGGCAGCGAGUGUCAGACAGAGGGCAAUUUAUCCUGCAAAAGUGACCCCUAGGGAAGCGGAACUUGUAUUUUUCUGGCACUUUAAUGGAUAUUUCGGAAAACUGUGGAAGGUUUGCUGACAAUUUGAUGCAUUCUGGAAAUCUCUUCUUAUAUUAAGUUAUACCCAUGAACUGGCCGCCACCUCAUCCCAGACAAUGAAGACAACUCGCAGAUGUAGGACACUUCUGUCGGUGAGCUUGAACUUCUUUGCCUUGCUCUUUUCCAUUACGGCUUUCAUCACCACCUACUGGUGCGUGGGGACGCAGAGGGUGCCCAAACCCAAGUGCAGCAAAUUGCGGACCCACCAGUGCAUCGACUACGGCGUCAACGAGACCGACCCGAACAAGGUGGUUUACAGCUGGGAGACCGGAGAUGACCGCUUCCUCUUCCGCCAGUUCCACACUGGAAUCUGGUUCUCAUGUGAGGAGAACAUCCACGAUGAAAGUGAGCGAUGCCGCAGCUUCAUUGAUUUGGCCCCUGCAUCAGAGAAAGGGAUGUUGUGGCUGUCACUGGUAUCGGAGAUGCUGUACAUAGUUCUGCUGGUGGUGGGCUUCAGCCUCAUGUGUUUGGAACUCGUCCAUUCCAGCAACGUCAUUGACGGACUCAAGCUCAAUGCAUUCGCUGCUGUCUUCACAGUGCUGUCAGGUCUUUUGGGCAUGGUGGCUCAUGUGAUGUACACGCAGGUCUUCCAGGUCACCGUCAGCCUGGGCCCCCCUGACUGGAGGCCUUACAACUGGGACUACGGCUGGUCUUUCUGCAUGGCAUGGGCAUCGUUUACCUGCUGCAUGGGUGCAUCGGUCACCACACUCAACUCCUACACAAAGACUGUCAUCGAGUUCAGGCACCAACGCAAGACCUUUGAGCAGAGCAUUCGGGAGGAACAUGCAAGGGAAGCUUUUGAAUAUUUCCGAGAGCCAUCCGUUCACUCCAUCUCUAAAUCUGUGGAGGUCUAUUCCAGUCAGACUCUAAAGAGUGGCAGAAAAACACCUAUACCAGUAGACUCCUUAGAUCUGAGUGACAUUCGGGACUCACUAGGAGAAGAACAGUGCUGAUAUUGAGAGGACAUCUUCAUUUGAAACUGCAUGAAGGAUGGAUAAUGCCUAGUGAUUUUCACUUUGGGUUUGGACCGCCAAGAAACAAUUCAGGCCAGACAUUUAAACACUGCCUUAAUUUGAGUCGAGUCCCUGGAAGUGGGAGUUGUUGAACAUUACAAAGCAGCAGAGAACAAAAAGACUGAAAGAAGAUGAUGUUUUGUAAAUUGUAAAUGUUAAAGAACAAGUUGUGUAGUAUAUACCCAUGAUUCCAGCGAAGGUUGCAAAUGCUUCAAGCCUUACUAUAAAAAAAAGUAAAGAAUGGAAGAAAAAAAAGAAAGAAAAAAAAAUCAGUCUCGAUUUUACAGUAGGUACUUUCAAUUUACGUAGAUCUACAAUCCACAAAAAAUCCUCAAUAUCUUGCAGCUAAUCUUGUGCCUCCAGACAUAAAACGAUGCUGUUGCAAAUCAUCUUUAUUGAAAGUGUGUGAUAUUUUUUUAUGCAACAUGAAGCGGAUCUGAAUGUUUACAAUGCAAAAUCUCAUACUUUGUCCAACCUCAGACGGGCAACUACACCACUUUUCAAUUUUCAUUCUGUAGGACAAAAAGCGUUUUGAAUCAUACACAAACAAGGAUUUACACUGCUUUGUACUCUUUCUGUUAAAUGUAUUCUGCUUAAA